CAAACAUCAGCAAUCACAACACAACCAAGGGGGAACGCCUUCAAGUUAGGUUAUGUGUACGCACAGUUAAUAUUUACCUAUUUUAGAUAAAAAAUGUUUGAAAAACAUAGUUUUGGAGUAAAUCCUAUAAUUUGUCAUGCUUGGAAUAAAGAUAGAACGCAAAUUGCCCUGACACCAAACAACCAUGAAGUUCAUAUUUAUCAAAGGAACGGAAGUGAUUGGGCUCUAGUAGACGUAUUGGAUCAACACGAUCUUCGAGUGAAUGGUAUUGAUUGGGCGCCCAACACCAAUCGCAUUGUCACAUGUUCUGCUGAUAGAAACGCUUAUGUAUGGAAGCAAGGAGAAGAUGGAAAAUGGAAGCCGACUCUGGUCCUUCUGCGGAUGAACAGGGCAGCAACCUGUGUGAAAUGGUCGCCGAAAGAGAACAAAUUCGCCGUCGGCUGCGGUGCCCGACUGAUAUCAGUGUGCUACUUUGAGAGCGAGAAUGACUGGUGGGUGUCGAAGCACAUCAAGAAGCCGAUCCGAUCGACGGUGACGACCAUCGACUGGCACCCGAACAAUGUUCUGCUUGUGGCCGGGUCGACCGACUUCAAAGUGCGCGUGUUCUCCGCCUUUGUCAAGGACAUCGAUGAGCCCGCCGCACCCACGCCCUGGGGGUCCAAGCCGCUCGGACAGAUGCUGGCGGAGUUCCAGAAUUCGCCGUGUGGGGGAGGCUGGAUUCACAGUGUGGCAUUUUCUGGUGAUGGCAACCGCAUAUGCUGGGUGAGCCAUGACUCGUCGAUUUGUGUCGCAGAUGCGUCUCGAAGCAACGCCGUCUGCAAACUGCGCACUGAAUCGCUGCCUUUCCUCAACUGCUUCUGGGUUGGCAAUAAUUCGAUCGUAGUAGCCGGUCACAAUUGCUGUCCUUUACUUUACACUGUCGAUGAGGAAGGAUCGUUACAGUUUUCAUGCAAAUUAGAUGCUUCACAGAAAAAAGAAGCUGGUGGAUUAAGUGCAAUGAAGAAAUUCCAGAGCCUGGACCGACAGGCAAGAAUCGAGAACAGCGACACGGAGCUGGACACGAUUCACCAGAAUGCGAUCACGUGUCUGUGCAUCUACGAGGGCACCAGAGGUCGCGCCACCAAGUUCUCCAGCAGCGGUGCUGACGGCCAGCUGGUGCUCUGGGACAUCAAGUCUCUGGAAAGCUCAAUUCAAGGAUUGAAAAUAGUUUAAAUCAAACAAUAUUUAGGACUCUAUGUAUUUCAAUCACAAAAUCCAUGGUAAAAUUUUAAUUAUAGAGGGUUUAUUAACCCCAAAUUUAAGUUUAAUUAUUGCGUACUAAAUCUGACAAAGAAAUGCUUAUCAAUAUAGGCCUAAUAGCCCAGAAAUCUUUGAAUUCUCAUUUUUUGAAAGCUUCUUAAGAUUCUGGAUUUUUAUUCUCUACAAAAAGACAAAAUAAUCAUAUUUUAUACGUCCAGCGGCAUUGUCGUCCAUUGAAUAAGUUAUGGGCUCUAGAAUGGAUUAUGGAAGGCAUAUUUUUUAAUGAACAUCUUUUAACAGUUCAAUUAAUCACAUUAGAAUAAACUUUCAAUCUCCAUUGUAUAGAAAUAGCUCUGUAAAUGGCAUGUUAUAUGCUUCUAUGAUUUUCAUAUAAAUUCAGUUUGAAAACCUAGUAAAUAGUAAAUAAGUUAUUAAAAAUUACUAGAGUUUGUACGAUUUGUUGUCAAAAUUAAACACUGAGUGCCAUGUUCAAAAUUAAUUUAUUUUUAUUAAUAGCCGUCGUAUCAAAGGUAGGAUAGACUUUAUUGAUUAGCGUUUUGAAUGAUGAGAAUACUGCUUUACAUUUUAAUUAUAGUUGCACUAUCUUCUAUUCACCAGUCAAAGAAAUAGUCCUUUCCUGUAUUCAAGUAAUGAGAAUAUACAUUUUUCCAUGAUAGAUAUUUCUUUGUCAGAUAUUCUUAUUCAAUAACAGUGUAUAAUGCUGAUGAACUUAUUGAUUUUUCCAUUGGACAAUUUAUUCAGUAAGUUGUCUUUGUCAAAUAUACUAGAAACAAACAAAAUAUUAUGUAUAUUCCAUUUCAAUUAUUUACUAGACUCGCAUUUAUAUAUUAUAAUAAUUUGUAGCUUUGUACCUCUGUGCUAAUACAUUUCCAUUGAUUUUCCUAAUUCCUUCGCAUGCAAGUCGUUUUAAUGAUGGCAUUUCACGAGUGCAUUUUAAUAUCAAAAUCAUAAUCCACAGUCCACAUAUAAUCCAGCAGUUCAUUUAGAAAAUGUUUUUUUUCCAUUUGGGUCUGAGAGAGAACAGCGUUCUUAAAUAUUUCCUCCAUUACUAUAGUUCACCACACGUAUAUUACUCUUUCUUCUGUGAUAUAGGCCUACAUUUAUUAUUUUUAACAUUUGUCAAGCUUCAUAUUACAAUAGUUCUCAUUUAUUUUUAGCAGAAAUGUAAUCUUAUCUAGCUUAUAGUGAAAAGGAUUUUAAACUGAUUUAGUAUUUUCUUCAAGUGUUUCCAAAAUGGUUCUGUAAUUUUACGCUAUCAUUCAGACCACUUGCAUUGGAUAUAGUUUUACGCCUUACAAUUAUCUGACCCUUGAGCUACAGCAUUCAGUUGAUGUAUCGGAACUCUUUAUUUUAUUAUGUUUUAAUUUAAUCAAUCAAUAUAUUUAUUCCAUGUUAAAUUGUGAUUAAAAUUGCUUAAUUCGUUUCUA